UAGGCAAAGCGGAUUUUUUAUUUUGGAAACUAAGGCACUAGUCACGGUCUGUGGCAUGUCCAUUUACGUCAUAUUACAGUAGUAAUUCGGCUUCAGUUUUGCAAAAAAUAUUGCGCUAUAUUAAAUGCAUCUUCUACAGGGAAUUUACUGCCAGCGAGUGUUCACCCUUCGGGGAUUCUCCGGCAGCUUAAGUCACCUGCUUUCUCAGGCGCUCUCCUGCCCAAAACGUGGGAGGCCCAGCACCUCUACCACUCUGAGGGCUCCCCACCGCCGCAAACAGACUCUGGCCUCGUCGGAUGGAGACCUCCACCUGGGUGCCCCCGACGGCCGUGGUAGAAGCUCGGAUCGGCAAGUGUGCAAAGUGGCCAGCUGGGCUGUUGGCUUCGAGAGGCUGCUGGAAGACCCCACCGGCAUUGAAUACUUCACGGAGUUUUUGAUGUCUGAGGUGAGUGCGGAGAACAUCCUCUUCUGGCAGGCAUGCGAGAAGUUCCAGAAAAUUCCAGCCAGUCAGAAAGGAGAGUUGAAGCAUGAGGCGCGGUCCAUCUACGACGAGUACCUCUCGAAUAACGCCUUCCAUGCCAUCAAUAUCGAUGACACGGCACGCAUUGAUGACAAAGACUUGGAAAACCCCAAACCAGACAUGUUCCAAAAGGCCCAACAGCAGAUCUUCAAGUUGAUGAAGUUUGACAGCUACACCCGCUUUGUCCGAAGUCCAAUGUAUCAGAGCUGCAUGCUAGCCGAUGUCGAAGGCCGGUCGUUGCCUGACCCCAAGAACCCAGGUUCCACUAAGAGUGCGUCGCUCGACAGAAGCUCCAUUGGCGACAACAAAAAGCAGCCGCAGAAGAAGGCAGCGGCGAAGCUGCGGAAGUCGCUCCCCUUCGACGUGGAGGACGGCUCGGACCAGAAGAAGGGCCUGGAGAGCCGGGUGGGCCGGGACAAGAGGGGGGAGACGAGGGGUUCGUGGGGAGAGGUGUCCGAGCGCGUUUCCCGCAACGAGUCCCAGUGUUCGGUCAAAUCCACGGGCAGUGCCGACGGCAAAGUCGAGAACGGGAGCUCCAGUCCGCGGGAGACGGCGCGGGCGGAGAAGUACUGCUGUGUGUACCUACCAGACGGUACGGCCUCUCUGGCACCGGCCCGAUCUGGACUGAUGAUCCGGGAGAUGCUAGCAGGUCUCUGUGAGAAGAGGGGCUUCGCCCUCAGUGACGUCGUCAUCUAUCUACAGGGGAAGGACAAGCAACCGUUGUCCCUGGACCAGGACAGCUUUGUGCUGAAAGAUCAGCAAGUGUCUCUGGAAUUACGGGUGAAGAUCACACUGGAGGUGGUCUUCACUGGGGCGACCAUGGGCAUAGUGGUGAAGUCCAGCAAAACGCUGCUUGACGUGCUGUCCUCCGUCCUCCAGAAGCACAAUCUCCGGCCUCAGGACGUCGUGGUUACCACGAGUGAGAAGAAGGAGCCUCUAACCCUGAACAUGAACAUCUUCUCUCUGGCCGGCAAGAAGCUGCAGCUGGACAGAGUACAUGGAACAGACCAGAGCAGUGUCCCCACCUCCAGAGUGCGAGCUUCAGCCCCGCAGGAGAAACCAGCAGGGCUUCUCGAUCUCCUCUCCAGAGCGUCCUGUCAGGUCGACGACCAGCGGGGGCUGUUGACGAAGGAGCACCUGGUCCUUCCCGAUUUCCUGCAGCUGCCAAAGCAAAAGGAAGCGGGGAGCAGCCAGGAGCAGAGCAGCCGGGGAAGCACGCGGCCUGCCGUGGAGCCGGGCGCCCCCACCGCCGCCAGCCCUGCCCACUCUGCCACCAGCGCCGCCCACUCUGCCGCCCGCCCCGCCGCCAGCCCUGCCCCCUCUGCCACCAGCGCCGCUCGCCCCGCCCCCCAGGUGGCGACAGACGCUUCCUCGUGCUCAAAAUCCAGACCACAGUCGACAUACAAGAGUCUGCGCAAUGCUGCCCCCACCGAUACCCGGCCUGGCUGCCCCCCCAGUUGCACAGACUCCUCUCGGGAGACAGCAGUGUGA